GCCAUUUUUCUGUGGAACAAGCCGAGGCACACUUCGAAAUCGUCUUAACUUAUUGUUAUUCCGAGAGGUUCGUCUUCGUCCAAGGAUUUAUUGUGUCGAAAACCGCAAAAUGUUAAAGCUUUGCUGGUUCUGGUUUUCGACGCUGACCUCGCUUUCGUUUUCGGUUUUGCACAAGAACAUUGCGUACAUCUCGUUUCUUCCGGUGCUUCUAGCCACCCCCCAGCACCGCUUCGUCUUCCCGAUAAAUCCUUUGACGCCCCGCGACUCGGUGAAAUUCCACCCGGAAACAGGGCACGUGUUUCGGGUCUCCUUUGUCGGCGAUGAGGUGCGCGGGAUACAACAGUAUUUCUGCAAUACAGGUGAGGAACAAGGCGGACGCGAUGGAACCACUACUGCGCAUGAAGACAACUCCAUGUUUCAACCCUUCUCCGUGUAUGAGUCGCAGGGCGCGAUGGUGUGCAACAGACAAACCCUUGAUGACAAUAAGGAACCCGUUGUCGUACAAGAAGCACCCUUCGAGCACCCAGUUUUCUCUUCCCCGACGGAAUUGCAGUUUUUACGUGAAAACGUGCGGUGCGAAUCGCUGCCAGAAAUAAUGGAUUUCAACACGGGUGGCGGCGGGACGAGCAUUGAGGAACGGUCUGGAGGAACAAUAUCGCCCACUUUUUAUUUCCCUGUAACGGCAGACAAGGUGAGUGAAAAGCAGGCGGAAAUGGAUUGGACAGUCGGAGCGGCUGCAGAGCAGUUGGCUUCCAAACUGAACAAUUACACCGAGGGCCUUUUCAUCGGAGCAUCUUUUGUUCCGGAAGAUGAUUCCGGUGGAAGUACAACACGCUUUAUUUCCUACCUUUCAAGCGCCCUGCUAUGGAUCCAAGAGGAAUGCUUGCGCGGAAGCUUCUUCCGUGACAUGAUGGACAUUGUGCCGCGCGAGGGGUUCAAAUUCAAUGCUCCUCCUGCCGACGGCAUAGGAGCAGUUUCUCCUGCUCGAACAUCAACUACACAUAGUACGACCCUCAGGGAAGGAAAACGAGCCGAGGUUCUAGAGCAAUUCAAAAAGAAGCAGCUCCGGUACCGUGUGGGCAAUUUGGACCAGAAUCUGAUUCUGAAGUACUGUGGCUGGUUGACGCAGGGCAGCGCGGGUGGGGACAGUUUGAGUUCGGUUUUGUCGACCGGAAAACUGAUGCACAGUGUCGUAGGGCAGUUGUUGCAGAUGAGGACACGACCAGAUUUGACCACUUCUCAGAACAACCAGGAAAACGUAGACGAAGACUUUGAAGAUGAAAAGCAGAUAAAAAUGUCACCAUCUUCGACGACGGCGACGGCGCGAAGCUCACCAUAUCUUUUCCGUAGCGUUGCAAUUGUUUCGGCAGACGGUUUUGCGCUAGAGCACUUGGUGGAACUCGUCUCAACGUCCGACGAGGAAGCUGUAGAGAAGAAAGCUUUCCGCCUGCAACCGGAUGGUAUUCUGUCUCGCGUCCUCGGGGAUGCGGGAAUUCCUGCCCGCCAUGACCUUUUCGUUGUAUCCGAAGUAGAGUCAUCCGGAAAAGCGCUAGUUGCGGCCGCGGAAACCGGGAGUGGAGGCACCGCGGAGCGGCCAAGUGAGAAUCAGAUCAAAAAAUCCUUCGACCCAGAAAAGAAGCUUGAACAUGUCCAACAAGAUGUGCUGCAGCACCACAACACGCAACUUGUCGCUCACUUCGUUCAGGACAGGCACGGGGCCGAGGUCGACCUUGCGACCCAGAUUUUGUCGAUUCUCCGACGAGAUAGCACUACUACAGAUGCCGCCGAGAGGACCGACGAGACGGGUGUACCUCCGCUCCUACGACCCAUCGCGAAAGACGAAUUGAAAGUGGAUUUUUUGACAAUCACUUUGGCCGCUCCUGGUUGCUCACUUUACCAGCAGCUUUUCCAGCUUGGGCUCCGACCGAAGCUCUUCUCCAUCCCCAUCAAUCACAGUAUUCCACCGCCUUUCGAGUACGCACCGAACAGGAGACUGGGGGCGGAGAUUGACGCGUCCUCGAGGAGCAAAGGCAAACAAACAAGCGAGGGUAGUUCUCGUGCAGAUUAUACUCAGAAUGAGAACGUCGAGGAAAACAGUGAGAAUUCCGUGGUGGACGCCAUGUUGAGCGACUCGUCGAUCCCAGACAUAAUGAAAAUCGCCAAAGUCACGGCUUUGGAGGGCUGGGAACUUUCUUACGCGCGACCGAAUUUUCUGCCUCACGGCUUCACAGGUACGGCGUACGUCCCGCAAGACACGGAAGACCAACUGAAAAAAGUGCUCCGGAACCGUCUGUCCACUUGCAGCAUCUCUUAUGUGCUGAACCACGUGAUAUUGCCCUUGCUAUCAAGCGGAGAUGAUGAUGAAGGACAAAAAGAAAAAGCAGCCGCCACACUAGGGCAAGCAGAUUCAUCAUCUUCAUCUGCGCCCGCACUGUUUAUUUACAAGAUGCUGGUGUACACUGGUGACGUGGCGGUCUUUGCAAGUACAGCUGCACUGGAGGAAUUCCAGUUAGCGCAACAACCCACGAACAAGGCUGCGACAACGACAGCAGCAGCAGCUCCAGAUGCUAAUCUCGUGGUUGAAUUAGAAUUCCCCGGUGUACUCGAGCAAGUGCUGUCCUCUGCGUCGAAAACCACCCUACUGGACGAGUUUCAGUGCUAUCUGGAGAGCGGGAUCCGAUCCGACGGGUUGUUGUUUCCUGUCCGCUUUAUCCGGGACUGGUUUUUCGCGGGCACAGGUGCUGACGCGGUAGAGCGAGUGUCAUCGGAAAUCCGUUCGAACUUGAUAUCCAGGAAAAAAGCUGUGUUAGUGGAGGUGUCUAUUUCUUGGUGGAGUCCUAACAGAACGACCAAUUUGUUCUGCGUGGCAGACGAGAAAUCCUGCCAUGCGCAGGUGCUGCGUGAUGUUGAAAACACGCAUGAAAUAAACGGGAAAUAUAAAUAUGGCUGGCCAGCAUGACAAAUGUAAAUCCCAGCUCGGUAAUACUUACAUACUUUGCAUUCAUGGAUACACUACGCACAGUUUUUUUCAUGUUGCAUAUUUGACGAGAAUAGUGCAGUACUUGAAAGGUGAUCCUCGCGGUAUUGUUGUAGACAGCGAUAAAGAACUACCAGCUCGUCGUGGUCCAGCAGAAGUGAGCAAUACAGAUACCAAGCCUGAUUUUUUUCUCAGUGUAAGAGAUCUCAGUCAGCACGAGUUCCAUCAACCUGAGCUAUCUACUUACAACAAUUGACCAGCACGAGAAAAAAGCGUGCCAGUGAUGGUGUUCUUGUAGAUCUAUGUGGGGCGC